CUUGGCAACCGAGGACAAUCCCGAAAAGCUGCCCAUGAGACUUCGACUAUCGAUUCUCUCUUUCGGGCUGGAUUCCUCAGCACACACACAACGGUUCCAUUUUCCAGCAAUCGUCUGGUCUUAGCCGCCGCGCAUAUUCCUUAAACUGACUAGGUUGUCUCGACCUAGCUGAGUACACGGUUGCCCCCGAUCUAAUCCCCAUAUCUGAAUCACCGGUUCUGAGGAUUGCGCAUCAGCCUGCCAUCGAAAUGUCCGGCUUUCAGUACCAAAAGUGGACGGUCUCUGAGGUAUGGUAUCUCACGUUUAUUUUUUAAUGAAGGCGACCGGCCCAAGGAGGUAAGAACUGGGAGGCUGAUCCUCACACUGGUUUCUGUAUGCAGCCGUAUGUCGAUGUACCAGGAACCUUAUUGGAAGGACCGUUUCACGACAAGACCAGAAAUGAGUUUCGCUUUGUCGAUAUAUGGGAGCAGAAGCUAUACGUUCUGGACCUGGCCAAAGGCCCCGACUCCCUGAAGAUCAUGGACACAUCUGUGUCAAUCGGAGUAACCGCCAACAUUGCGAAUGCUGGGGAUUCACGCGAGAACCAGAUUGUCGUAGCCGCAAAACAUGGAUUUGCCCUGGUUGACCGCACCACGGGCGCACUGUCCUAUAUUCAGAAAGUGUGGGACGAUCCGGCCAAGGAGCAUAGAAUGCGUUUCAACGAUGGGGCCGUCGACAGCCACGGACGCUUCUGGGCUGGAGCCAUGAACGAUCCUAAGGUGCAGAACCCAGUCAACGAAGGUGUGAUAUUCAGGCUAGACCCGGACAUGAAACUGCACCGCAUGGUUGAACAGGUGACGAUUCCCAACGGGAUUGGCUGGAAUCCUGCGGAUGACACUAUGUACCUGACCGACUCUCCCACCGGCAAGAUUUACGCCUUUGAUUUCGAUGCUGAGACCGGAAACAUCAGCAACCGAAGGGUGUUCUUUGACAUUGGGGAGCCAAAGGAGCCAGAUGGGUUUGCCAUCGAUGAGGAGGGGUGUAUAUGGAGUGCUAUUUACGGUGGUGGGAAGGUGAUUCGUAUCUCGCCGGAGGGCAAGGUCAUUGGCGAGAUAACUUUUCCCACUCGAAACAUUACCUGUCCAGUUUUUGUGGGAACGGAGCUCUUCAUCACGACCGCCAAGGAUGAUACCAAUGAUGACCAGCUUCCGGAAUCCGUCCGGUAUGGAGGCCGGCUCUAUAGAGUCGACGUCGGCAUCAAGGGUAAGCCUAAGAAUGAGUUUCGACUUGAAGGCAGCCUGCAAUAGGUAGUACUCGAUAGACUAGCGGAAUUAGUUGAUUGCUAAAGAUAAGCCGAUCUGACCGCUUGUCGGACUAUCACCUUGAAAGGAAUCACCAGUUGGGGCGUCUGGGUUGGAGCCGUAUGGUCUGUAUACCCAUCUAGAGAGAUCAACAUAAUCGUGAAAAUGAGUCUUUUG